GCUCCAUCACAAGCUCCCUCCCCUUCACAAGACUCUGACCCGAUGAAGAGCUUGGCCCUCUCUAUGGGAGAAAGAUCAUUUUCAGUGUCCGCACAGUUCUUUAUUUCACCCCGGGAACCUUUAUUCAUGCGAGACUUUCAAUAAUUUCAUGUUUAGGGCGGUGAGUUGUUUUGGGGCGCAAAAAACUGGCCCUAAAAUGCCAAAGAAUUCACGCUGUGAAACACCGAAAACGGAAUUAUCGGCUCUCAUGUAAAGUCAAAUCUGUUUGAUUGUUUUUUUAAAGAAGCGAAGUGAAGAAUUUGGGAUAAAAUAUCCAGAGGUUAUAAACAGAAGUCGGAACGGAGUCCAGAUAUCCGUGUUAUUGUAUAAGAUUGUGUCCUAAGCCAUGGGGGCAUUUUUGGACAAGCCAAAAACGGAGAAGCACAAUGCCCACGGUGCAGGUAACGGCCUGCGUUUUGGUCUGAGCAGCAUGCAGGGUUGGCGGGUGGAGAUGGAGGACGCUCACACAGCAGUGGUGGGCCUCCCUCAUGGCCUGGAUGACUGGUCCUUCUUUGCCGUUUACGACGGGCAUGCCGGUUCACGUGUGGCCAACUACUGCUCAAAACACCUACUGGAGCACAUUAUCAGCAGCAGCGAGGACUUCCGGCCUGGUCGUGACUCGGUGGAGGGCGUGAAGAGCGGAAUUCGCUCUGGAUUUCUGAAGAUAGAUGAGUACAUGCGCAACUUUUCUGAGCUGCGUAAUGGUAUGGACCGUAGUGGCUCAACAGCUGUGGGCGUGCUGCUCUCGCCUGAGCACCUCUAUUUCAUCAACUGCGGCGACUCUCGUGCCGUGUUGUGCCGUGCUGGUCAGGUGCGUUUCUCCACUCAGGACCACAAGCCCUGCAACCCUCGUGAGAAGGAGCGCAUCCAGAACGCUGGCGGCUCCGUUAUGAUCCAGCGUGUCAACGGCUCCCUCGCAGUGUCACGUGCCCUUGGCGACUACGACUACAAGUGCGUGGAUGGAAAGGGACCCACAGAGCAGCUGGUGUCGCCUGAGCCUGAAGUGUUUGAGAUUCCUCGUGUUCCAGAUGAGGAUGAGUUUGUGGUGCUGGCUUGCGACGGCAUCUGGGACGUCAUGAGCAACGAGGAGCUGUGUGAAUUUGUGCGCUCCCGUCUGGAGGUGUGCGAUGACCUAGAAAAAGUCUGCAACUCUGUGGUGGACACAUGUCUACACAAAGGCAGUCGUGACAACAUGAGUGUUGUGCUGGUGUGUUUGCCCAAUGCACCCAAGGUAUCGGAGGAGGCAGUGAAGAGAGAGGCAGAGCUGGACAAGUUUCUGGAGUGUCGUGUUGAGGAGAUCAUGGAGAAGUCAGGAGAGGAAGGUGUCCCGGACCUGGCUUGUGUCAUGCGCAACCUCUCUGCUGAGAACAUCCCAAACUUACCACCAGGAGGUGGUCUUGCGAGCAAACGCAGUGUAAUUGAGGCCGUGUACAACAGGCUUAACCCACAUAGAGAAGAUGAUGGGAGUGGAGGUGACCUGGAUGACCCAUGGUAGCCAGAGACACCCACAACUGCAGUCUUCAAAUGAGAAUGUCCUCAGUUCACACAAAAAGAAAAUCUUUACUCACACCUUUUGGUUUUGAUUCCGAGAGAUUCAUAGGAAAUAUUCAAAGCCUGGAACGAAAACACAAACGCAUCAAAACACUUCUUUCGACGAUGAGGAAUCUGCAGAAAUGGCAAGAUUUUUCUUUUAGAACUGCACCAUUGUAUGGUAGAGAGAAAUAAUUUCACUUUUUGUUCCAUGUUGUUUUUUUUGUUUUUUUUUUUUCCCCCUUCCCGCUGUAAGUUAACGGAGUGAUGAUGAGACUGAGGAUUUGUGGCUUCUUGAGCUGUAGGAGAGACUCUGGACUUAAUGGCUGGUGGACAGACUGCAGCACCAGCGAGAGCUCUGAGAGGGAGAGGCGAGGUGUUUGGACCUCUUGUCAGUGAUGCAGGGUGCUCUAGCAUGAUGAGCUGCCCUUGCACUUCCUCACCUGUCUCAUACAUGGCUCUCCUCCUCACUCUACGCAUGCACAGCUUUCCAGAGACAUGACCGAUAGGCAUUACUUAUUUUCAGUGUGUUCACCAUGUUCAGCCACCAAAUGCCACCAACUCUACUUAAAUCCUGCAUUUACACUCUUUUCUGAUUUUCUCUCGUUUGUCAUCCUGCUGCCUGAAUAUCCUUAUAUAUCCUUUUGCAUUUUGUUAGCAAUUAUAUUUUGUCAGAUGCUAGUUUUGGUGCUUGCAGUAAAACAAAACAAAAAAAAAGUAGUAGCACUCAUUAGAACAAGCGUUAACUAGGACAUGUGCACUCAGCAACUCGAGGGAAAAUUAACUACUGUAGGGAGUGUAAAUAUGGUGAGCUUUUGGGUUUUGGGUGGCUUUGUGACCUUCUACUUCCUGUGGCACUCACGGUGAAACAGAGCUUCACAAUCCAGUUCUAAAGGACCCUCAGCCGAAUUCAGAAUUUUUAUCACAUUCUACAGCCUUUGAUUUAAAUCUGUUUUAAUAAGUGAAAUCUAUUUUUGUGCAGUAGAUGAUUUAGAACAAUUGGGGAUCCAGAAGAACUGGCUUCAACUGGCUAAAACCUCUCCUUUAAGACCUCCAGAUCUUUUACCUUUGCGCAUCCUCUCAUUUCUCUACUUGUGGUCCUGACUUGUGGCUUGCCUUCUGAUUUUUUUUUUUUUUUCUCUAAAAACAGUGUACUAUGUAGAACCAUUUAACACAAAACAUUUUAACUUAAUUUUUAAACAAUUCUGCAUUUUAAAGCUUUUUAUUAAAGCUUUUUUCAUUAUAAUUAAUGGUAUAAUUGGUAUUAUUUGCAGUUAGAUUUGGUUACAGGGGAAUAGCAUGACUUUAAAUAAAGUAAUUGAGACGGUUGAGGUUGGUAAAGUAUUUCUAAAGCAAAACUGCUGAACUGCAUGCAUGCAUAUAAUAUUGUGAUGUUUGCCAGAACAACAGCGAGCAAACACUACUCCAGUAGUACUGCAGUAGGUACUGGAAUUUUUCAUGGGUGAAUCUUUUUCCCCUCUUCCCUACCCCUCUUAUUUCUCGAACCCCCUCUUUGUGUCUGGGUUGACAGUUAUUUAACUUAACAGUAUUUUUGGUUUCAUAUGUUAAUCUGCGCCUGUGAGAAUGACUGGAAGAUGCUUGGCAUUAAUGGUUUACUCGCAGGACACUUGGCUUUGGAUGAAUGUACCCCUUGUUUACACAUAUACACAAACAUGCAUGUAUAACGUUGAACAACUUCUGUGUUGCUCAUGCCUUUCGUGCAUAAUUAUAUACAAAUAUCAAAGUAGCCUGAUUAGAUAUUUGAAAUAUUCACACAUACUCAUGCGUGACAAAUUAAAGGAAAAAUCAGUGGAUCUCUUGUACUGUGGAGGGCAUUUUGCUGGUAUGAAAGAUGAAACCUGUCUGUCCUGAUGGGAGUGGUUAAUUCAGGAAUGACACCACCCCCAUCCACAGGGCACGAGGACUCAGAGUUUGAGUCUAAAAAUGAUGUAAAUCUCAUGCUCUGGCCUUCACAGUGACCAGAGCUCAACCCAGUUUCACAAACGUGGGAGACUGGAAUCAUGUGCUAGACAUCGCUCUGCACCACCACCACCACCAUCAAAACACUGAUUGAGGUAAUAUCUUUUGUAAGAAUGUUGUUCAUCUCUCCAGUACAGUUUCAGAGACUUGGAGAAUCUGUGCCAAGGCCUGAUGAAGCUGCUCUGGUAGAUUGUGGUGACCUAACACCUUCGUAAUACACGUUGUUAGUUUUUCCCUUUAGUUUGUCACCUGUCUUUUUGAUAAUCAGGCUAUCUUGAUACAUACUUGUCAUAUAUGCCCAUUUGAGGUAGAUGUUUGUCCACUCUACAGAAACUAUGAUUUGCAUUCGAGGCCUUUCUUUAAGAAAAAAAAAAAAAAACAAAAAAAACUUUUCUUUCCCCUCCCUACUGAUUUCUCACUGACCUCACCUGAUCUGGUGUGCAGCUUUAAAAUGUGUGUCGUUCAAUUUGAGAUUAUUGUUAAUGUGUAUAUAUAUAUAUUUGCAGUUUUAUUUCCCACUGGUACAAAUAAAUUGUAGCCAUAUGCUGGAAAGCUUAAUUUUAUGAUGGUUAGAACUAGGAAAUAAAUUUACUAAAUGAAUUGAAAUGGCAAAAGAUAUAUAUUUUGUGCUGUGGGUGCUCAUGGACAUGCACCCGAUUUUUUUGUAUAUCUACAAUGAUUGAUGACUAGAUUGAUUGUUGCGACAGAUUUUAUUUAUUCAGAAGAUGUGGCUUUAUGAGAUGUGCUUUGUGAGAGCGAGGAGGGUUUGAGAGGAGUUGGGAGGGGGGAGAUUGCUGGCCCAAUCUGUUUUUGAGAUUGUGAUGGAGGGCUGUCUCGUUUUUUUUUUUCUUUCCUCAGUCUAUUAAUCUCUUGCACUCUUUCUCGCUCCCACAUUCUCUCUUCCUCCCUGACUCCAUCUCUCUGACCCUCUCUAUCCACCUGCUAACAUCCGUGUAAUUAUAGUCCCCAGUACAAUGUUGUGUUUCAUUAGGAUACAGUGAAAUGAUCUGUUAUCAAUAAAGGAUUGUUAAAGGUU